AUGGCCUCCAACACCGAGCUAUCAGAAAUUAAGCAACUCCUUUACUGUCUCGCUUCAGACCUCAAAGCCAGCUCAAGUAAGACCCAGACUCAGACUUCAGAGGGCACCUCAACAUGCUCCAGCUGCGCAGCUCGUAGCCCAAAGCCAUCAAACGUCGAAAAAGUACUGAGCAACCCUGAGACCACGCUGGUUGCUAAGGUUCGUGAUAUUCAGUCUGCGGUCUUGCAACUUGUCGAGGAGGAGAAGGUUUUGAUCCUUGCGGAGGUGGUCCAGCUCAGUCGCGCGGUGGGGAAAGCGCUGGAGGAUGCGAAGGGAAAGAUGAUGGGGAAGGUUGCGGGAAUAACGAAUGGGAAGGAGCACGGUCGCAAGCGGAGCAGGCCCACAGAGAACAUGGAUGUGGAUGAUGAUCUCGAUGUUGCAGAGAAACGCGUGAAGCAAGACGAGCAGGGCGACACAUAUGAAUACAAGUGGGGAGAGGAGGACGCGCUUACACAGCGGAGGCGGAACUGCACAGCUCUUGAUGGAUUUGUACUGGACAGUAUGGGCAGAGCUUCUAUGGCCUUCAAUUGCGAACGAGUCGGAUUACGAAUGGCCCACGAGUGCUGCAUCGAAGACUGGGACAAAUUUCAAAGGGAGGGAAAGAUCGGCUUUGAGUACUGCCUAUAUGGUCUCUUCUACCAUGGGUAUGAGCAUGAAGGGGUCGCUAGAGGAGCAUGUUCUUGUAGGGAACGUCAUCCGCCCGGCGUGAGGCAGAGGGCUACCAGGUGUAUCCGCGUCAAACGAAGCGAAGAUGGUUCUGGAAAACUGAAGUUUUCUUGGGGGGCGGAUGUUGGACCUGCCCCUGUCCUAGGCAAGUAUGAGUGA